AUGGGAACAGUAGAAAGUAAUAAAUUCUUGGAUGCCAUCGUCCUUUGUGGACCUUCCGGAGUUGGCAAAGGGACCUUGCUAAAUCGCCUGCUCAGUGAUUACAAAGAUCGCUUUGCGUUCUCGAUCUCGCACACAACGCGCGGCAUCCGCGAAGGUGAAGUUGACGGUCGCCACUACCACUUCGUUCCCGUGGAAGUGAUGAAAGAGAUGGAGAGACGUGGUGAAUUUCUCGAGAUGUGCGAGGUUCACGGGAACUUCUACGGCACGAGCAUCGCCGCCGUGCAGGCGGCUCGUAAAGAUGGGAAAGUCUGCAUCAUUGAGAUCGACGUGAAAGGUGCAAUGAAGCUGCACGCUCGCGAGCAAGACGGCAGUAUCACUGCGAGAUAUCUCUUUUUGACGGCCCCAAUGGAGGUGCUUCGAGACCGUUUGCUGUUGCGCGGAACGGAGUCGGAAGCGCUGCGGCAGCGGCGAUUGGAAACGGCCAAGUUUGAGCUGGAUUUCUUGGAGGCGAACCCAGACCUUUUUUCGGCGGUUGUCGUCAACGAUGAUCUCAACAUGGCUUACACUCGCUUAGUGCAGAGCAUCAAUGCCAUCUUCAGCCAAUUCCGCAUAGCGCCGCUGGAUCCAGAAAAAAUGGAAUUAGACAACUGGUAG